AUGGCCAGAGUCAAAAGCCACACGCGCCGUUCCGAGCGCGACCUCUACAUCAUCGACGUUGACGGAGACCGUGUGAGGGUCACUGCCGCAUCCACAGCCUCUGUCGGGUGCCAUCCUCCGACGGAUACGUGGCAACUCUGCGUUGGUCGCCACUGCUUUAUCUUUCAACUCGCUCACGCCGACUGCGUGCCGAAGAGCCUCCGCAUACUCCUGAAUCAUAGGUCUCACACCUUCGUCAGAUUUUGGAACCAUUCGGACCGCCGGAAGCUGAAGCAUUUGGAACAGUGUUUGGGUAUGUAUCGCGAUCCUCUGGAUCUGAGAUAUUUUGCGGAAGCUGGGAGCGAUGGGGGUCUCGUUCAAGAUUCGGUGGAGGAGAUAGUAGAGAGAUGCUUUGGUUACGUAGUGGAGAAAAGGAAUGAUGGUUUGGCAUACCAGUUUGCUUAUUUGAAUUGCAUUGAAAAGGAAUGA